CUCAGCGCGCAGUCUGUACUGCUUUUUGCCUGAUACAGUAUUAAACAUUGUCAUUCAAUUAUAAAUUUAAACGAAAAAUCUUUUUUUUUACUGUUGUAACCAUAACUCUAUUCCUCUAAUGUUACUUUUUGUUUACAUAUGUAUUGUUUACAUUUGCCAAAAUCUUUGCGUAAUGUAAAUACAGUAUAUGUUUGUUGUUAUACACGUCACUUGUUCAACUAAUAUUUACCAUGCAGUCGUACAAAGCAUAGUAAUGUGAGUAAUGAUGUAAGUUCAAUGUUGGCGGUUUAGGUUGUGGAUAUUCAUAUUUUUGUGUUUAAAACACGUGUACAUGUGUUUUAAGUGUAAGGUUAAUAAUCUACAUUUUAUCUAUAGUAGUAUGAUAGGAACUGGAAAUAUGGAAUGAUGUGAACUUUGACGUGAUUGAAAGGCAGGCUGACUGCUCAGUUGUAAUUUUAGGAUUAUGUGGUGUAAUUGAACUGUUGAGAGUAAAAUUCAUUAACACAAUUCAGAAGUGAUUUACUUGCUUCAAACAAUUGUUUGAUUAAAAUGGUGUCUAAUGUUAUCGUAGUAGUUUUAGGAGAUAUUGGGCGCAGUCCUAGGAUGCAAUAUCAUGCUUCUUCCCUUCUCAAAGAAAGAUUCAAUGUGAAAUUGAUUGGCUACGGGGGUUCAAAACCCAUAGAAUAUCUUAAUUCACAUCCCAGCUGUGAAAUCAAGACAUUGACUCAGCCACCACAAUUUAAUCAAUAUUUGCCUGUGUUAGCUGCAUACAUUUUGAAAGUACUAUGGCAAGUACUAACACUGAUUUGGAUUCUUCUGAGGAGUCAACGUCCCCAACAUCUUAUUGUUCAAACACCACCGGCAAUUCCAGCUCUGGCCGUAUGUUGGUUUUACUGUCGCCUUGUAGGGGCAAAGUUUAUCAUCGACUGGCACAACUAUGCAUUCUCUAUCAUGGCUUUGACUCAUGGCCAAGGACAUAAACUAGUUAGAAUUUCCGAGAAAUUUGAAGGUUUCUUUGGAAGAAGAUCAGAUAGUAAUCUUUGCGUUACUAGGGCAAUGAAGGAUGAUUUAAAGAAAAGAUGGGAUAUCAAAGCAGUGACCCUAUAUGACCGGCCACCUGAACAUUUCGGCUCACUGACUCCCGAGGAGAGGCGUACACUGAUGGUAAAAUACCCGGAGUUGUCAUCGCAGCUGGAUGAAACUAAGCGACCUGCCCUGCUCGUCUCUAGUACCAGUUGGACCGAAGAUGAGGACUUCUCCAUAUUGUUGUCAGCUCUGCAAG